GUAACUAGUCCGUUUCUUUGCAUUAGAAAGCAGGACAAAAGAUAACAAAGAAAAUGUCUGUGUUGAAGGAACUUGGUGAAGAACUCUCUCUUUCACAUCCAGACCCUGUUGUCCUUGAGCUCAACAGGCUCAACAACCUACUCAAAGAGAAGAAUGGGGAAUUGAAGAAGGCUCAAUGUGAAUUCAGGGCACUGAGAGCAACUGAAGUCCUCAAGGAUAAGGCAAUGGAACAGUUCAGGAGCGAAGUGAUAAGAUUGGAAGAAAAGCUCAGUGUCACUGAAAAUCUUCUUGAACAAAAGAAUCUUGAUAUCAAGAAACUUGCUGAUGAGAAGAGAGAAGCAUUGACUGCACAAUAUGCGGCAGAGGCGACUCUUAGAAGGGUGUAUGCAAAUCAAAAGGAUGAUGAUUAUGUUCCUAUUGAAUCAAUCAUAGCUCCUCUUGAGGCAGAACUUAAAAUGUAUAAGAAUGAGGUAAAUUAGAUGGAGAUAUACAACAUCUGUACUGUACUCUUGCUAGCC